AUGGACCACCGUCCAACCGACGGCAUCUCUGGUCCUGGUCCGAAGGCGUCCAUUUCUGCUGUUCGAGACGCCACGACGCCGACCACCACCACCACCACGACGUCAGCCCAUCCUUCGCCUUUAUUAGUCUCCUCCACCUCGACGACUUCUUACACGGCGCCUACUCCCGCCCCUUAUCCUUCUUUUCAUCACCAUGUUCCUCCCCCGUCGUCUCUGAUGGAUGUCGAUCACACUACCGCGGCCGAGGAUCGCUCGCGUCGAGCCACCAGUGUCCUGUCCAUGGAUGAUAUCGAAGCCGCCCAAGCCUUGGAGGGCUUGCGUACCGAAUACGGUCAAUCGCCCCGAACCUUGCAGCCAUCCGAACAAAAAGCCCAGCCGGAACCCCUCCUCUCCCUCCUGACGUCCACUCACCCCCUCAUCUCCUCGGCCAUCAACGGGUCUGUUUCGGCCUAUGCGAACUCCAAGUCAUACUCUCCCCGCUUCAAGUCGGGGGCUGAGUUCAUCGAGCGGAAUAUCGGGUCGCCGGUUGCCAAGUCCGUCGGGACGGUUGGUCGAAAGACCGGUGUCGAGAGCGGACUGCGCUGGGCAUUGCAGCGUCGGGCGUCGUCGUCGGCCAACUCCGGGCGGUCGAAACGCCGCAAAGUGAAUGGCCGUGAAGAUGUGCCACAGCAAUCGGCGGGUGCUGAUGUGGACGUCGAAAAAGGCUCCGCGGAUGGUGAUAUGGAAGGUGGUGUGGAUGGUCCCCCGCCGUACGAUGAUCAGAAAUCCCCCAGCUAUGAUGAGAUUGGUCGGGACAGCCCCUCGAGACAGAAUCCGACUUGGCAGAGCCGGUUAAUGAUCUCGACGUCUGGAUUGGGGGUGGCGAUGAGUGAGGAGUCGCUGCGUAGCCUGCAGUACUGUUUAACGUGGCUACGGUGGGCGAACGGUCGGUUGGGCAAGGCUAUCCUGGCGCUGCAGGGCGCGCUGAAGGAGUGGGAUAACUCGGGCCAGUCCGGCCAGGGUGAGCAGGAUGGGUCUUCACAGGCAAAUCUCCUGUCACAGCGGAUACAGGCUGUUAAGGAGGAUGUUUUGUCCACCUUGAAGAGGGUCGUGGAUAUCGUCUCCAAGUACGCUGGCGGAGCGUUGCCGGAGAAUGCCCGCAACCUCGUCCGGCGCCAUCUCACCUCCCUUCCCCAUCGGUUCCAGAUCGCUUCGACUUCCAACCCACCACCCGAUUCAGCGGCAGCUGCAUCCGACACGACGGUCAGCGCUCAUCGGAUCUUGGUCCUCGCUCAGGAGGGGCUUGACAUGAUGGCCCAGGUUAGUGGCGUUGUUAAUGACACCCUUGUCAGUGCAGAGCACUGGUGCCAACGACUGGGACGAAAGCGUCCCGAGAGUAAGAAUGCCGCGGAGGUCAAGCAGCAGCCGGAGGAGCAGAAGGAGACUUAUCCGGCUGAUAUCAAGCGACCUGUUCACGAGUCUUCCCCUCACGAUGUGAGUAUGUCAGGCAUGGAAAAGGUCUGA